CCUCAUGAACAACCGAAUCCACAAAGGUCUGGGACCGCCAACCCCAGUAUCAUCAGUACCAGCUUCGAGACUCAGAAGUCUGUCUUCCUGUUCCUGGGUCUUUGUGGUAAGAACGUCUCAGAUGCCAAGAUGAAGCUGAAGCAACUGUAUCAGGAUCAGUGCUUGACUCAAACCUUCACGGCCGAGGAGGUGGGAAGCCUCUCGGAGGACGACAUCAUGUGUCUGCAGCAGCUGGUGGAUAAGAAGGGUCUGAAGAUUCAGUCUGUCCAGGGCAACAUGACUGUGAGCGGGUUAAAAGAUGGGGUGAAAAAUGUGAUGCAGAUGAUUAAAGAAUAUCAGUUAAGAGACCUCAGGAGACAGGUAAUAGUCACGGAGGAAGAGAAUUUGCACAGUCGUGUGGCCUGGUGCAUCCUGGGAAGUAGUGGCAACUGGGACAGACUUCCCAAAUCAGCCAAUCACAGACUGGAACAUAAAAACCUAGUGGGAGGCAUAAUGGAUGAACAGAGCAGCCAGUGGACCGUGGAUCUACAGAGGAUGGAGGCCACAGGACAAGUAACUGGAGAGAUAAGAAAAAUAAAACGACUUGAGAAUCGGCCGGACUUCACUCUCCCUCUGUACUGGGACAACAUGGCUGCUGGGGAGGAUAUGAAGGUAGUUACCCUGGAGGAGUCGUCUCCAGAGUACCGAUCAGUGGAGCAGGCCUUCAGACGAACUGUUCCCACAGGCAGGAUAAAGAUCGAGCGUUUGCAGAAUGUCCUCCUGUGUCGGGCCUAUGAAGCACAGAGGAAACACAUUUCUGAUAAGAAUGCACACAUGGGCACCACAGUGGAAAAGUCUCUGUACCACGGGACGACUGAGGACAAGUGUGACUCCAUCAUGAAAACGGGCUUCAACCGGAGUUUUGCUGGACAAAACGCAACUCACUAUGGGGAAGGAACCUACUUUGCCGUAAAGGCCAGCUACUCAGCCCAGCCCAAAUACGCCAAGCCAACCGUUGACGGCUCACAGCGAAUUUUCGUUGCUCGAGUCCUGACCGGCAUCUACACUGAGGGCAGAAGGGACAUGAAGGUGCCUCCUCCUCGUAACAUCUUUCUGCCAAAUGACCGCUACGACAGCGCGGUGGAUAGAAUGGACAACCCCAGCAUUCACGUUGUGUUCCAUGACAACCAAGCGUACCCAGACUACCUUAUCACCAUCCUGGACACGCAACUGCAGGAGGAGGGGCAGGGCACGCCAGCGAACCUGCCCCUUUCACGAAGUUCCACUUUACGAAGUACCCGUAAUAAACUGCGGCGUCUCUUCAAGUGAGCCAGUUCCAAACACUGUCAGUAGUGUUUGCAUCUUGUCGUAAUCACAUAACUUGUUAAUCAGCUGACAUCUCUCCUCUGUUCCUUUUAAUGUCUUGAGUCUCAGAUAGAUGCAGCCCUCUGACAGCAGCAACCCCCUCAACAGCAAAUUGUAGCUUAGAGUAAUGUCGGCAUAUGAGCCUUUUUCCAUGUGCCCCUUUUGAAAUUGGAGCCCCUGCCCCUCUAAAGGAAUUAUGAUGAAUGAUUUGGAGUUUGUUUUUAAAGCUUCUAUGCACUUUAGCAGUUUCUAUUAGAGUCUAAGCCUCAAUAAAAGAUGUUAAAUCUCUGACAGUGAAGGAAACACUACAACUUGCAUACCUGCGCCAAGUACUGGCUUUUUUAGACAUUUGGGGCAGUUCCACUUGAAUCACCCGCGCUUGUUGUGUUACCUCUGCAGAGCUUCCUAAUAAAAAUACU